AUGAAGCUCUCCCUAGCCGGCCUCCUCGGCCUCUUCUCCUGCGCCGCCCAGGCCGUCCAAACAACUCUGACGCUCUCCAUUCCCACAACCUCGAACCUCAACCCGCAGACCCUCCCGCCGCAGACGCACGCCACGCUCUCGACGCUGCACGCCACGCACGCGGCCGCCCUCUCGCCGCACAACACGUUCACCUUCCGCAACCUCACCGGCCCGGCCUCCUACCUGCUCGACGUCCACUGCACGACCAACAUCUUCGUCCCGUACCGCAUCGACGUCGCCGAGGACGGCUCCCUCUACGCCUGGGAGACGUACCGCGGCAACGACUGGGACAACAAGGGCGAGGCCAUCCAGGGCAAGGAGUUCUCCACCGGCGGCAAGGGCUUCGAGGUCCGCGCCGUCGGCGUCAAGGGCUACUUUGUCGAGCGGAGCAAGUUCUCGAUUGUCAACAUUGUCAUGAAGAACCCCAUGAUCCUCAUGGGCAUGGUCACGAUGGGCAUCUUCCUCGGCAUGCCGUACAUGCUCAAGAAUAUGGACCCCGAAAUGCGCAGGGAAUUCGAAGAGGCCCAGCGCAGCAACCCCAUGAGCUCGCUGCUCGGCGGAGCGGCCAACCAGGCCGGCGGCGGCGGCAACCCCAUGGGCAACUUUGACGUCGCGGGCUUCCUCGCGGGCGGGGGCUCCAGCUCUGGCUCUGGCGCCGCUUCGGGCUCUGGAAAGAAGAACGGAAAGAGGUAA